UUCCAGCUAUGGCCGCCAUUACCUGACAAGUACCAGAGCUGGUCUCUGCGUGCGCCUCGCCUGGAGAGGUAGUCAGAGUUGUUUCUGCUUUUCACACAGCAGGCUUCUGGUCUGAGGCAGGGAAGAGAAUUCUGCCCCCGAGGCAUGGUCGGAAGACAGAACUAGCUGAGUGCUUCAGUCUGCAGAAUUCUUUCAGGAUUCAGCUGAGGUGGGCCUCAGUCUGCAGACAAGAUGCUCCUGGCUCUGGGGCUCACGCUGGUGCUCUAUGCAAGCCUCCAGGCUGAGGAAAACUCCUUCACCAUCAACAGCAUCCAUAUGGAAAGCCUGCCAUCGUGGGAGGUGAUGAAUGGGCAGCAACUGACCCUGCAGUGCCUUGUGGACAUCAGCACCACCUCGAAAAGCAGGUCUCAGCACCAGGUGCUGUUCUAUAAGGACGAUGCGAUAGUGUAUAACGUCACCUCCAAGGAGCACACCGAGAGCUACGUCAUUCCUCAGGCUCGGGUCUUCCACUCCGGGAAGUACAAAUGCACCGUGAUGCUGAACAACAAGGAAAAAACUACGAUUGAGUAUGAGGUGAAGGUGCAUGGCGUAUCCAAGCCCAAGGUGACACUGGACAAAAAGGAGGUGACGGAAGGCGGGGUUGUGACGGUCAAUUGUUCCUUGCAAGAAGAAAAGCCACCGAUCUUUUUUAAAAUUGAAAAAUUAGAAGUGGGGACAAAGUUUGUCAAGCGAAGGAAAGAUAAGACCUCCAACGAGAACUUUGUGCUCAUGGAAUUCCCCAUUGAAGCGCAGGACCAUGUGUUAGUGUUUCGCUGCCAAGCUGGGAUCCUGUCUGGAUUCAAAUUGCAGGAGUCAGAACCCAUCAGGAGUGAAUUCGUCACCGUGCAGGAGUCCUUCUCCACUCCCAAGUUUCAAAUCGAGCCUCCUGGGAUGAUCAUAGAAGGGGACCAGCUGCACAUUAAGUGCAUAGUUCAAGUGACACACUUGGCCCGGGAGUAUCCAGAAAUUAUCAUCCAAAAAGACAAGGAGAUUGUAGCCACCUCCAAGCAAACCAGUGAAGCUGUCUACUCAGUCAUGGCCAUGGUCGAGUACAGUGGACACUACACCUGCAAAGUGGAAUCAAACCGCAUCUCCAAAGCCAGUAGCAUCAUGGUCAACAUAACAGAGCUGUUUCCCAAGCCGAAGUUAGAGUUCUCCUCCAGUCGUCUGGACCAAGGGGAAUUGUUGAACCUGUCCUGCUCUGUCUCGGGCACACCUGUAGCCAACUUCACCAUCCAGAAGGAAGAGAUGGUCUUGUCGCAGUAUCAGAAUUUCAGCAAGAUCGCUGAGGAGAGGGACAGCGGGGAGUACAGCUGUACUGCAGGCAUUGGCAAAGUGGUCAAGAGAAGCGGCUUGGUACCAAUCCAGGUGUGCGAAAUGCUCUCGAAGCCCAGGAUUUUUCAUGAUGCCAAGUCUGAGAUCAUAAAAGGACAUGCCAUAGGCAUCAGCUGCCAGUCCGAAAAUGGAACUGCACCCAUCACUUACCACCUUAUGAAAGCAAAGAGCGACUUCCAGACUCUCGAGAUGACCUCCAACGACCCAGCAACAUUCACAGAUAAGCCCACCAGAGACAUGGAAUACCAGUGCAGAGUGGAUAAUUGCCAUUCCCACCCCGCGGUGUUCAGCGAGAUCCUGAGGGUCAAGGUGAUAGCCCCGGUGGAUGAAGUUAUGAUCUCCAUUCUGUCGAGUAACGAGGUACAGUCUGGAAGUGAAAUGGUGCUUCGGUGCUCUGUGAAAGAGGGGACGGGCCCAAUCACGUUUCAGUUUUACAAAGAAAAGGAGGACAGACCCUUCCACCAAGAGGUCGUGAAUGACACCCAAGCGUUUUGGCACAACAAACAAGCUAGCAAGAAGCAGGAAGGACAGUACUACUGUACAGCCUCCAACAGAGCCAGCAGUAUGAGGACCAGUCCCCGAAGCAGCACUCUUGCAGUCAGAGUCUUCCUUGCCCCAUGGAAGAAAGGGCUCAUUGCGGUGGUCGUCAUUGGAGUGGUCAUCGCCACCUUGAUAGUUGCAGCCAAAUGCUACUUCCUGAGGAAAGCCAAGGCCAAACAGAAACCCGUGGAGAUGUCCAGGUCAGUGUCCCUGUUAAGAGGGGGUGGCUUCUUUGUGGGCAGGGCUGGGUUUGUCUGCAAGCCCAGACUGGUUGCUAGGAAGCUAUCAGAGAUUCUUAGCAAACUCAUAAAGAAUCAGGGCCUUGGUUUUCAACCAGGUUAUGAUGAUGUUUCUGGAAACGAUGCAGUAAAACCCAUAAAUCAAAAUAAAGACCCCCAGAACAUGGAUGUAGAAUACACAGAAGUGGAAGUGCCCUCCCUUGAGCCUCACCAAGCUCUGGGAACGAGAGCCACAGAGACGGUGUACAGUGAGAUCCGGAAGGUCGACCCUAAUCUCAUGGAAAACAGAUACUCUAGAAUGGAAGGCUCCCUUGAUGGAACUUAAGACAGCCAAGGCAGGGGCACGUCCCUGGGAGGUCGUCCAUGUCCCGAGAAGAGCAGCCGAUUCCUGGAUUGCAAGAGUCCUGUGCACGUAUUUAUGAGCCCGUCCCCACCGAAAGCAGUAAUCCUUCAGGCCAAGCCAUCCAAUUUUAAACCCCGCUGCCUUGUUCAUGUUGGGUAUACAGAGACUCAGAGGCGCUAUUUAAUGGCCAGCCUGACCUGUCUUCCUUGUGUUUCGGGAGGUGAAAGGAGGUUCCAGGAGAAUAAUGCCCUGGAAAAUUCUGAGGCUGAAAUGUUGAGUCUCGGAUAGUGCUUCUCCGUGGGUCCUCCUGCACAGAAGCCCCCUAUUGCUCUGUUGUCAAUCACUGGGUUAGUUUUUUGUUUUGUUUUGUUUUGUUUCUGUUGUUCUCUUCUUUCUGGGUUGAUCUUAAUCUUUGGAGGUAUACAGUGCUGCUCAGGUUUCCCUGGUUCCCCUGUGUGGCCUCCCACACACACAAAGCGAACCAGCUGACUGGGAGCAAUGCCCGUGGAAUGGCCCGUCACUUGAAGACGGACCUCAAGCCGGCAAUGGCAAGGCUAGAAAGUGGAGCGAGCACUUAAAGCCCACCUUGAUCUUCCUUUCCACUCCAUGCCGAAGGCCCAAAGAAGAGAAAUGGCUGGCUACAGCAACUGUUAUUUUUUUUUUUAAUAGUAAAAGGAAAUGUGUACUUUUCUCACUAAUUUUUCUUUAUUUAUUCCCCGCUAAAGAAACAGUUUCCUAAGGUCUGAGCUGUUUCCCAGGGUGGGCUUGAGUGGGUGGGCAGGAGCUGCCGACAUUUUGUGGACUACCAUUACCUAACCCUCCUCGCCUUCUCAGUUUGCCUCAGCCACCCGGCUACAGGGCCCCUGAGGGGAGUUGUAUUAAAUAAAAUUGAUUUUUACUCUUCA